AAGGAAAAUUAUCUGAUGACUUGAGUAAUUUUUUAAGAGAAACUAUUAAUGAGACUUCGAUAAAGAAAGAAAAGUUAAUUGUAGCCGAUCCAAAACUUGGCACUAAUAUCAGUAAAAAACUCGGAAUUCAAGUUCUAUCUGAAAAAAUUGUUAUUGAUUUAUAUCGUGGAAUUCGUCAACAUCUUGACUCGUUGAUUACUGGCAUGAAUUCUGAAGAUAUAUCUUCUAUGGCAUUGGGUCUUUCGCAUUCUUUAUCUCGUCAUAAACUUAAAUUUUCUCCAGAUAAAGUAGAUACCAUGAUUAUUCAAGCCAUAGGAUUACUUGAUGAUUUGGAUAAGGAAUUAAAUACUUAUGCUAUGAGAGUUAAAGAAUGGUAUGGUUUUCGUGCAAAUGCUCAUGAAUGCGAUCUUUCUGAUAUACUUCCUGAAGAUCUGGAAAAGGAAGUCAAAGAAGCAGCAGAGAUAUCAAUGGGAACUGAAAUUUCUGAUGAAGAUAUUAAUAAUAUUAUAAUGGGUUGUGAUCAAGUAAUAAGUUUAACUGCCUACCGUACAGAACUUUACGAUUAUCUAAAAAGUCGCAUGAUGGCAAUUGCUCCUAAUUUAACUACUAUUGUUGGCGAGUUAGUUGGUGCUAGAUUGAUUUCACACGCUGGAAGUUUAUUAAAUCUUGCAAAACAUCCAUCAAGUACUGUUCAAAUUUUGGGUGCUGAAAAGGCUCUGUUCAGAGCUUUGAAAACAAAAAAUGCUACUCCGAAAUAUGGUCUUAUAUAUCAUGCGAGUUUAGUUGGUCAAGCUAGUCCUAAAAACAAAGGAAAAGUUGCACGUGUGGUUGCGUCAAAAUCUUCACUAGCUACUCGCUUUGACGCAAUAGCUGAUGAAAAGGAUUUGAUGGCAGAAAUGGGUCAUAAUUGUCGUAAAAUAAUUGAAACACGAUUAAGAAUUUUAGAGAAGGGGGGUACUGGUGCAAAGGCUACUGAUAAAUUUGAUAAACAGAAAAAACAAACAAAAACGAAACCGUUAUACAAUCCUUAUGCCGACAUUGCAAAUGAACCUGUGGAAGCGGGGCCAUCUGGUACAAAAGCAGAAGAAUCUGAAGAUAGUGAUGACAGCCAAAUGGAUGUCGAACCUGAAGAUUCAGACAAUGAGCCUCAAUCUAAAUCUGAAGGGAAGAAACCAGUUAAAAAGCCAGAAAUCAAUGCUUCAAGCCAAGGUCAGGUAGCAAUGGAAAUUGAACAAACUGAAGAAUCCGUUUCAAGUAAAAAGAAAGAAAAGAAAAAGAAAGCUUCCGAAAAACAAGUAUCUGAGAUUGAACCAACUGAAGAAUCUGUUUCAAGUAAAAAGAAAGAAAAGAAAAAGAAAGCUUCCGAAAAACAAGCAGAAGUUGAAACCCCUGACAUAACUGAGGAAUCUGUUUCAGAGAAAAAGAAAAAGAAAGCUUCCGAAAAACAAGUAGAGGUUGAAACCCCUGAUGUAACUGAGGAAUCUGUGUCAGAGAAAAAGAAGAAGAAAGCUUCCGAAAAACGAGUAGAGGUUGAAACCCCUGACAUAUCUGAGGAACCUGUUUCGGAAAAAAAGAAAAAGAAAAAACGAGCAGAGGAAUCUGUUUCAGAGAAAAAGAAAAAGAAAGCAUCCGAAAAACAAGCAGAAGCUGAAACCCCUGACAUAACCGAGGAAUCUACCCCUGACAUAACCGAGGAAUCUGUUUCAGAGAAAAAGAAAAAGAAAGCAUCCAAAAAGCAUGCAUCGGAUGUUGACAUAUCAGAGGAAUCAAGAGACAAACCUGAAAAAAAAAAGAAACGUAAGACAGAAGCGGAGGAACAUGAAAAGAAAAAACAUAAAGAGGAAAAAGUUAAAUCUUCUAGCAAAGAAAAGGCUGAAGAGGAAAGCGUAGAAGAACAAAUCACAUCUACAGCCUCUCCAGAACAUUCAAAAGCAAAAUCAAAGAAACGUAGGGUUACUGAGAUAGAAGAUGCCACAAAAGAGCAAAGUGUCGAACCACCUAAACCCGAAAAAUCAAAGAAAUUAAAGGUGUCCAAAGAUAAAUCCGUAAAAGUUGAAGAAGAGUCGAAGAAAAAAGGAAAGCAAAAAGAAGAGGAACCUGUUAAAGCAGAGUCAAGUAAGGUUGUGCAAAAAUCUAAGGAAAAGAAAGAAAAGAAAGAUAAAGAGGAAAAGGAUUCAGGAAAGAAAGUAAAAGACACAGAAAAGAAGGAAAAGAAAGAUAAGAAAAAAGAAAAGAAGGUUAAGGAGUAA